GGCAGGCAUGGUGCAGGGGCGGCAGGGCAAAUGGAGGAGCCAGGGUUGGAGGUGGUGGAGGGCGCCGAGGCGAAGGUUGUGCCAAAGCGGCAACAGGAGCAUGCGCAGAUUGAGCUGCUGGGAACACCGGCGGAGCUGUUGCAGCAGCAAGAGCAGGACCACAAGGGUCAUCUUGUGGCGCCACAGCAACCGCAAGCACAGCAGCAGCAACAGCAGCAGAAGCAAGACUUGAAGCAGCAGCAGCAGAAGUUGAGGCAGCAGCAUCAGGACCAGCGUCAGCAGCAGCAGCAAUAG